GUUGCAUAGCGGCCGGCAAAAAGAGUGUUGACACGUGUCAGAACAUUUCGGCCAGAGUUUAGUGUUUUUAUGGGACUCAUAUUUUAGCAAUUAGCAACAAAAAAACGUAAUCCGGACGAACGCUGGCUGGAAUUGGAAUCGCAGGCGGUGAAUUGUCACAAAAUAGACGAAAAAAGUUGGGAGCAGGAAGGCGGAGUACCAGCAGAUACCAAAUAGCCAUGAACACACAAAUUCUGGUCAUUCUGGCCCUGAUGCAGUGCAUCGCCGCCGUGGAGUUCACCUUUGACCUGGCCGACAAUGCGGAGGAUUGCUUCUACGAGGAAAUCAAGAAGAACUCCAGCGCCUACUUUGAGUUCCAGGUGUCGGCCGGCGGUCAGCUGGAUGUGGAUGUCACCCUGAAGGAUCCGCAGGGCAAGGUGAUCUACAAGCUGGAGAAGGCCACUUUCGAUAGCCACCAGUUUGUGGCGGAGACGACGGGCGUGUACACGGCCUGCUUUGGCAAUCAAUUCUCGGCCUUCUCACACAAGAUCGUCUACGUGGACUUCCAAGUGGGCGAGGAGCCGGCCCUGCCGGGCGUCGAUGAGCACGCGACCGUGCUGACCCAAAUGGAGACCUCCUCCCAGGCGAUUCACAAGGGCCUGAACGACAUCCUCGACGCCCAGACGCAUCAUCGUCUGCGGGAGGCGCAGGGCCGCAAGCGGGCCGAGGAUCUCAAUCAGCGGGUGAUGAUCUGGUCCUCGCUGGAGACGGCCGCCGUCAUCCUGAUCGGUCUCGUCCAGAUCAUGGUGCUGCGCAACUUCUUCACGGACCGAAAGCCCAGUCAGGCGCACUACGGCCGCCUGUAGAGGAUCGGGUUUGGGAUCUAGCCUUGUUUAAGCCCUUGCGUGUUGAUGUGGAAGGGAGCCCGACCGCCACCCAAUCCCCCACCCCCCAAAUGUUGUCAAUCUCGUCUUAGCCACAACGUAUUCAUUCCCCCAAGGGCGUUUCUUUUUUUUGGGGGGCCACCCACACCCCACCCCCCGAAUCCAACGACAUGUAAUAUUUUUUUGUUAGGACCCCACCCGGAAACAGAAUGCUUUUUUUUUUAAAUACAUGCAAAAGCAACCAUAACUUGAUAGCUAAAGGUAAA